CCUGCGGCCUCGGGUCCGGCGUACCCCGCGCCGCGCGGAGCCGCCGCUGCUGGCCGCCGUCGAGGCCGGCCGAGCCCCCGGCCCUGGCAGGGGGUGUGGCUGCCCGUUGUGCGGUCCGCGACAGGUGGGCGGGUCGGGGGCGGCCGUCGAGGCCCGGGCCUCGCACCGCCCUGGGCCGGGGCCCAGGCGCCUAUCCGGCCGAAAGGCGGCAGCGACCCCGGGCUGUGGGCUCUUCCGCCCCGGUUUUCGAGGCUGCCCUUGGGCCGGGCUGAGCCGGGGGCCGCAGGAGCCAUCGGGCGCUGAGGGCCUGGGGCUGCCAGCGUGGAGUCCCAGUUGAAGUCCUGCCCCCGACGGGCUGUGAGACCUUGGGCAAGUCAGCCCUCCCCUUGGCCUGAGUUUCCACAUCUGUAAAAUGAAAGGAUGGACUAGGUGAUUUCUGAGGAUCUUACUCUUCCGACGUGUGUGAUCUCGAGAGAGGCCUGUAUACAUUGGAAGCUGCCAGAGGGAAAGCAUAGCUUGAAGUCCAUGGCCCAAAAUGACUCUACCACUGGAGACUUUCUUCCGUAAAGAGGAAGACCACACAGGAGGCUGGGAUGAGCAUGCCACUGCAUCAGAUCUCUGCCAUUCCAUCCCAGGAUGCCACCUCUGCUAGAGUCUACAGAAGUAAAACCAAAGAAAAGGAGAGGGAAGAGCAGCAUGAGAAGACUUUGGGACAUUCCAUGAGUCAUUCAAGUAACAUUUCUAAGGCUGGGGGACCCUCGAGUAGUGUGGCAUCCGCUCCAGUGUCCGCCUUCUCUCGCACUUCUGUCACGCCCUCCAAUCAGGACAUCUGCAGUUCCAGUGCAGUGUUUUCUGAGUGUUGUCACCACAGUCCCGUGCAGUCUGCUGUUGUCUUGAAAGCUCCUCCCUGCCAGAGUUCUCUGACACAAGGGCUCACUGUGACAGUUGUCUGUCAAGACACAGUGCAGGCAUCAAAGAGAAAUUCCCAUGGCUCAGAGUGGGUCCAGGCCUUGAAGCCUGCUAAGAAUACCAAAGCCAGAAGAACACUGAAGCUCUCAAAAUCCCUGAAUGAUGUGGGUGAGAAGGCCCCGGAUGCUUUGGAAAGUUUUGACUAUGCGGAGAGGACUUGCUCUGAAGGGAAACUGAUACUCCCUCAAGACCCGUGUCUCAGUAUUAACAGGCUCCACCAGAAAGAAAAAAGAACACUGAAUCGCAAACCUCUUGGCAGUUUCAAACAUUCUUGUGUUUCAUCCCUUUCCACCAAUCGUUCAGCGGCCUCAGAGGUGGGAGCCGGCAAGGGCCCGCACGUCCUGCUUCUGGACGAGAAGGCAGAUGGCGAGGCCGUGUCCAGAAGCCGGCGGCUGCUCCGGUACCUGUUCUCGCUGUCACACGGCUUGAGCACCAGCAGCCUGCACUGGUUCCACGAGCUGGAGAGCUGCACUGCCGGCCCGCACCCCGCCAAGUCCUCCAGCGGGCUGGCUGGGAGCGCGGGCUUCUUCUCCGACGAAACGGGAGAUGAUGACGUCUUUGAGGACAGCACAUCCACAAAACCGAAGAGCAGGGUCCUGCGGGCGCCCCUCUGCUCGGUGGAAAAGGACAGUGACCUGGAUGGUCCUUCCCCUCUCUCUGAAAAGGGCCCCCCCAUCUCUCCCGUGUCCACAUCAGGGGAUGUCUGCAGGAUCUGUCACUGUGAAGGGGAUGACGAGAGCCCUCUGAUCACACCCUGCCACUGCACAGGGAGCCUCCACUUUGUGCACCAGACCUGCCUGCAGCAGUGGAUCAAGAGCUCCGACACACGCUGCUGUGAGCUGUGCAAGUACGAGUUCAUCAUGGAGACCAAGCUGAAGCCUCUGAGAAAAUGGGAGAAGCUGCAGAUGACAGCCAGCGAGCGCAGGAAGAUCAUGUGCUCUGUGACGUUCCACAUCAUUGCCAUCACCUGUGUGGUCUGGUCCUUGUACGUGCUCAUCGACCGCACUGCUGAGGAGAUCAAGCAGGGGCAGGCAACAGGAAUCCUAGAGUGGCCCUUUUGGACUAAAUUGGUGGUUGUGGCCAUCGGCUUUACUGGUGGACUUCUUUUUAUGUACGUUCAGUGCAAAGUGUAUGUACAAUUAUGGAAGAGACUCAAGGCUUAUAACAGAGUAAUCUAUGUCCAAAACUGUCCAGAAACAAGCAAAAAGAAUAUUUUUGAAAAAUCUGCACUAACAGAGCCCAACUUUGAAAAUAAAGAUGGACGUGGAAUCUGUCAUUCCGACACAAACUCUUCUUGUUGCACAGAACCUGAAGACACUGGAGCAGAGAUCGUUCACAUCUGAUGAUGUGGAGGGUGUGUAGUUCUCCUGGACAUCUGCGAACAGCUGAAGGAAAUUGUUUACUGCCAAUUGUGUACAUUUUCUUAUGUCGUUUAAUAGCAUAGACGGGGCAGGUGACUAUUUUUAAUGGCUUCUCUUUUUCUAAACCCUCCUUAGUGACUCCCCUGGAAAAUCCUCACGUCAGCUGUGCACGGCUGGGUUCUGCUUCCGCCAGCGUGUCUACAGGAAGGGAAGUUGGAAGAGCCCGUAACACCGUGAUGGGGCGCUGGCUGGGUUCUGGCCUGUAGUCUUGAGCAGAAUGAGAGAAUAAGAUGCCAAACCUGAGGUUAGAGCAGGAGCUGGUAGCGCCUGGGCCCUGAUGCGCCUCUUCCAGUUGGCAGGUCCCCCCACCGACCCUCUGGAGUGGAGUGUUGGGAACAUCUAGCCAUGAGGAGAGGCUUCCCCCUCACCAAGCAGAGCGCGGGGAGGCCGCCACUGACAGUUCCCGAGCAGACGGACCGUGGUGCUCUGUGCGUGGUGGUGAGUGAUUCACUAAGCAAAGCAAAGCACUUUACAAAAAGAGAAUCUGUAUUUUGUAAUAUGUGUGUCCCGUGGGAUUGACAUUUAAAAGGACGUCUCAUUUAGAAACCUUCCCUUCAUGACCCUGAUUAUCUCUUUCACAUUAUAAUAGAUCUAAAACCCUUUUUGCCUUAUAUAUGCUAAGAAAUGUGACAUCUACUCUGGACACAAGUCCAUAAAAGGGACUUGUGACUCUAAAGCAGGACAAACAGGUCUGAGGCUUUUUCAUAACACCUUGUGGGAAUUAAUGGAUGCUAAAUGGCAAUUCGAGCAUAAUUUCUGUGGUUUUGAGCCUGUUUUGUGACAAGUCUUCAUGUCAUAGGGCUGCCCUGAAUGUUUCUUUUUUUUUUUGGUCAGCCCGGAAGAAGGGUUCAUGAGAUCUAAAUGAAAAGAAGCGAGUAAUUAGAACAAAACUGAAUAUUUAAAAACUACUCCUUUAAAGACAAACCUCUCCAGUUUGUGCUGGCUUCACACUGAUGGAGUAGGCAUUGCAUCGCCCUGGUCUGGGGCAUGCAUGCUGCAGGUGCUCCUGGGUGCCUGCCACUCAGCCAGCCCCUGCUCCUGGCACAUUCUGUGGACCACUGCCCAGGGCAGAGAUGCAGACGGGCUGGCUCUGGGGUGAGGGCCAGGAGUGAGCAGCAAACUGCCCUGGUCCACUGUGUCCCUGCUCCCAGCCACUCCCCUGCCCAUUUGUCGCCUUAACUGGACUGAACAGAGAGGAUCCUUUAGGGGCCCCUGGCCCUGCUAUCAGUCCAUUCUGUCAUCAGGGAUUAUCUCCUGUACCAUUUUUCAUAAAACAAAACCAAAAUUACUACCAUCAAAUGGCCUUUGUCCUUUUAAAAAGGUCUGCUUAAAAUUCUGUUUCUGAAGACCAGUUUCAUCAUGCCAGGCAAACAAGAGUCAACUCCAGGAAAACAGGCCAGGGGAGUCUGCAGUGUAAGUUAGGUCUGCCCGGACGCUUACUCUCCAGGAAGCACCGCAGAUGAGCAUCUGGGGGGAGAUGCCUGGGGGUCCUGCCCUCCAUCCUCCGAGCCUUAGUUGCUUCAUCCAGCUGUUAAGAGGAGGAAGCAAACAGAAGAUGAUUCCUUUCCAUUUCAGUGUAGAAGCCCCAUGGUUUGUUUUGAAAGCCAGGAGGAGGCUGAAGGAUCUUUAAGCUCUGGAGGAGGGCUUUGCCCCGCCGUGGCUUCUCUGGUCUGGCAGCUGCUGUCCAGUUGUAGCCCAUCCCUGGAAAUAGGUCACCCGGCCCUCUCUGUCUCCCAGGGCAUGUCCAGCCCGUGCCUGUGCUCACUGUGCCCCAAAGUGCAAUUACCUACACCCCUUCUCAGCCUGGGGACACCAAGCAGCUACAGACUGUCCACUCAGGAGACUCCCAGGUCAGCCCUGCCUGUGCCCCUUAGGAACUGCCUGGGCAAGGCCCCUUGUCCCUCUAACGGCGGAUGAGUGGUCAAGGGAAGACUGGGAUAGCUUUUUAAGUGGGAAUCUUUCCCUUUCCCCCCGGUGGAACCCCUUAUGCUGGACUUGAAAAGCACUGAGACUUUCUGUAGAGAGGAGAGUGUGCUUAGGUGGGGAUAGCCCCAGGGCAGCCCACCCAGUGUGCCUGGCGCCCUCUGUGGCAGAGGUGCCUUUAUAACCAUGACUGUUGUGUUGCUCCCAUGCCCAACUAGACUGUCACGGGAAGCCCUGUCACUUCUUUUUAGGAAGGGCCUAAACACCAUCUCGUCACCUCCAGCCAAGCUCCUGAAAGCCUCUGCCUGUGGACAGUCAGCCCCAUGUCCUUCUUUUCUCCCCUGGGGUGGCACACAGCUACCCCGUUGCCUUUCUCUUUCCUCGCAGGUCCUGUUGAGCACCUCUGCCCCACUGAGUCCCAGGGCUAAUCUCUUCCCCGAAGGGACUAAGGGUGAGUGCGAAGCCCUGCCAAGGUUGGGCUGUGCUGCCACCUAGUGGGAGCUGUGGAUCUGCCAGGCAUUCCUUUAGUGUCAGCUUGCUCUCUAGGUUCUUUUGGGGGCUUAAUUAUUCCCCAUUUCCUCAUCAUUUUGCACCUGGCUUUAGUGAGAAGAUGACACUUGGAUGAACCAUAUAGAAACAUUGAAUGCGCUUUUGCAGGUCUCAGGGUCAUGGGGGCCGAUAUUUGUAGGCCAGGUGAGGGGGAGAGGGAAGCAGCCUCUCAGGGGUGUCACCAGCCAGCCAUCUCUGAUUUGGCCUCUAUUUCCCUCAAAUUAUAGUUCAGCUGAAGGGCUUUUGUGCUUGGGUUUAUUUUGAGAUUUUCCUGAAAAUUGUGAAAGACCUCUUCCUACCACAGGCCCCUAAUGUCACUUCCUUUUUUACUUCCAUCCACUCUUUUCAAUCUUAUGGGUCCAGUUACAAAACCUGCGGGUGUGCCUUCCUGGCUACAGACAUACGGACCCCAGGCAGUUGGGCCCGUUCAAGAGCCUCAGCUAAGGCCUGCACGGGUCCGAGCUGCCCCUGCUGCCUGGUGGUCGGCUGCAGAGCUGGAGGAGGACUGGGCACGGCAGGGUGUAAAGAUCCACGACAGUGUGGAUUUGGCCUGAUGCGAAUACACAUUUGAGAUACUUUCCCUCUUGGAUCUGAUUUGAAAUAUGCAGCUUCCAUCUCUAGUCCAAGGAAAGACUGAAACAUAGGGAAGUCAAAGCAUUUGUCUUUGUUUUGGAAGUAAUUGUGCAACUCAUCACCUGUUUAGAUGCAGUGUUUGUAGGAGGUUGAUUGUUAAUAAAGACCAAAUUUACACUGGCAUGUGUGGUGUAGUUUCUAAAAGGCACUUCACAUUUGAACUUUUUCUUAACUUAGAGAAUUUCAAGUUAUCUAAAUGUCUAGUUUUGUAUCCCUUUGUGUAUGUUCACUGUUCUUCAGCAUUACUGCUUGAAUAAUUCUCUGUAUUGCGGGGGGUGGUUGUACUAUACACGGGAGUAUCUAAUUGCAGCAAUAAAGCUUUUCUUUAAAAAGGA